AUGGAUAAAUCGACAAGGAAAGUUCGAAUCGUAUUUGACGGUGCCGCGAAAUGUGAUGGUAUUUCCUUAAAUGACAUGAUCCAUGCUGGGCCGAAAUUACAGCAAGAUCUUUUCAACGUCCUUGUCCGUUUCCGUCGAAAUCCUGUCGGUGUCGCUUGCAACGUAAAAGAAAUGUAUCUCCAGAUAGAGGCUAAGGAGCAAGACCGAUCCCACUUCCAACUGUUUUGGAGAGACCUUGACCCUAACCGAGAGCCAGACGUAUUCGAGUUUAGCCGUGUAGUUUUUGGAAAGAAUUCCGCCCCUAUGGAGUCGCAGUUUGUUGGGCAGGAGAACGCUCGAAGAAAACAAGACCGCUAUCCCCUUGCCACUGAGACCGUCCUUAAGUCAACCUAUAUGGACAAUUCUAUUGACAGUGUUGAAAACAAUGAUGAAGGAGCGGAGCUGUACCGUCAAUUGAAAGCACUAUGGGUAGUUGCCGGCAUGGGCUGUGAACGGAUGCGAGGCUACGACUGGGAAGACGAAGUUCAAGAUGAAAUAGCAGACAAAAUCAGGGAUUGGUUGGAGCAAUUGAAAAGUCUGCAAGAGGUGAAGAUUCCCCGGUGUCUACGACGUCCAGAGACUGUCAAGUCGAAGCACAUUGUGACAUUUGUUGGUGCCUCUCAACAAGCUUAUGGUGCAGCUGUCUAUAUGCGCUGCGAAUACGAUAACGAUACCGUAAUCAGUCGCCUGAUUGCAGCUUAG